AUUACGGGGAUGGGAUGAAAAAUCCCAUACGGGAAUGUGACGGGAUUUUAAAAACCGGCCCCGCCCCCGUUGACAUCCCUAUUCCUCUUCAAGCCAGCUGAUUGGUGUUGCGUUCCUCUGUUAGAUUUUACUUUUUCUUUUUUUCUUUUUUCUUUUUUGGGAGUGAAUAGUGAUACUUGUUAGAUUAGCAGCUUUCCAAAACUUGCAGUAUAUUUUCCAUCAGUUUCUGGCUAACCAAACAAUUCUGUCUAAUGGGGUUGGAAGAGUUAGAGCCCAUUUUCGGCGAGCCAAAGGUCGAGUGGGCAGGUAAGGGUUCGGCACCAUCGAGUCGGUUCGUGCUUUAUGUCCAUGGUGCCGAUCCUUCUCACCUCAGAAUCGUUGUCACUGAUUUCCACUCCAAUACCUGGGAGGCCGUACGCUCUGCUUUGCAGCUCGAGGACAUGAGGGACGACAUUGGAAUAGGGGGCUCCUGGUCGGAGUUUAUGGACUAUGUUAUGGCUUCCAUAAAAUCUCAAGAUGCAAAGCUUAUUCUGGAGGGUGGUCUAAACACAGUGCUGAAUGCGAAAUUAGUUGCUCAGAAGUCAAAAGGAAUGCCAGUGAUAUCCAUUUCUCUCACAGGGCUUGUUGGUUCUGCUGCUAGUGCAGCUAUUGCAAAUCUAUCUCUUGAGCUCUAUAAAGCUUUCAAUAGCAUCCAUGAUUCAUACAGAGAAGAGCAAGAGAGGUCUUCUCAGUUGACAAAAGCAUUAGCAGCUGAAAAGGAAAGAAAUGAAAAUAUCCAGAGCCAACUAGAACAGUAUUCAAAGAGGCAGAAGUUACAAAGGAUUAGUUCCUCUGGCAAAGCAGAUGUUUCUUCUCUAUUAAAUAAUGGCUUGGAAAACUCUCCAGAAGAACAAGCACCUAGUGACACAGCCUCAACAAAAGUUGUCAAUCGUGUUGUACCUGCAUAUCGCAGGGCAAGAGUAAGAGGCGUUCUUCUGCAGAAUACCGAAGAUGUUGAAGAUAAGUAGAAGCUAGGAUAUCAACAAUAAGAUACAUCAUCGCUGUCGUUCAUUUUUGCUUUUCUUCCUGCCGGAGUAGAAGGACCAGCAACCAGGUAUGAAGUUGAUCUCAGUACACCUGCAUGGCAUAGGAAUGUGUGCAGUAUCUAUUAGUUGUAUUAGUUGUAUUUGCAAUAAUUCGUGCGUGGGUUUGCAUUUAACAUUUUGAAAGCAUUUAUUUUCUCAUUCAAAAUCCUUGUUUUGCUUGAUCUGUUUUUCUCUUGAGGGGAUAACUAACCAUUGAUGUAAAUCAUCAUUUAUGCACUAAAGCUGACAAGAAAGUACGUCUAACAAAUACCUGAUUUUGUUGCUGUUGCUACUACCAGUGUUACUGCUCAUGCUUUCCUUGAGGAUGCUUUUAUUCAACCCUGCAAGUACAAACCUGGUUAUCCACAUAUUUCUGCCCUUAUAUGGUUUUUGGAUAGUUUAGAUGAUGAACCUGAAACUUUUGAGCGAUUCACAGCUUUUGCUUUCUUGUAUGAGAUGUUGGGAAGAACAACUUCAUUGGUACCGUUUCAUUUUCCAGACUUGCAGUCCUUGAUAAUUGACCAGUUUUAGAGUUGACUUUCUUGUUGUUGUGCUUCUCAACUUGAGCUUCAGUGUCUAAAUGAAAACUUCAAUGUUGGAUGGCAAUCUUUUCUCCGACAUCCUGCAGGCCAUGCUGCUCAUCAACAAUAUCUUUCAGAGAGAGUUCAUAACUAGAUUUGGACAUGUUAUGGAUCAUUUUCAUGAGCUCCCUUCUAUAUUCUGAGAGUUCAUAACUAGUAGAAGACUCACACUUGAUAUCUAUUAAAGUGUUUGCCUCCCAUAAUGGUGAUGAGUAAACACCAAACCCAUCUUGAUCCAUCUGUCCUUUAGCUUGAAACUCUAAGUCACCAUUGGUUAUAUGAUCACUAAAGUUCUCAAUAUAUUUGGAUUUACGAGCACCCCAGAAAUUGAAUUCUUUAUCUCCUGUACUAGCACGUCUGCUGUGGAUUUUGUAGGUUGGACUGCAAGAGGAGAAGUGAUUGCCCUUGAAUUGUUGGUGGUGAUGAAGCAUGGUUUAAGGGGAGAGUAAGAUAAGGAGGAAUUUGAGAUUUCAUGGUGAGAUUAUUGAAGCAAGCAGCCUCUUCAAUUGUAAAUCUAGUUUUGUCAUGUUUUCGACAGAGCUUAAUAAGAAGAGCAGUAAAGUCUGAGUCAAAACUGUUUUGACUUGGGUUGGAAAAGAAAAUGACCCUCCUAUUUUAACAUAUUCCACCAUUUGUCUUCCUCGUAUUUUUCAUAAAAAUAAACCGAUAGUCCUUUCAAUCCAUCUAAUUUUCUGUUUGUAUUCUUUGCCCUGUUACUUAAAAAAAAAUCGACCAUUCCAAUAGAAUAUGAAAAUCUCUAUUAGAAUA